UCCGAUUGAGAUAAUUGGUUUUACAUUGUGAUUGUUCGAAUCUCCAUGUAUUUGUUUAUAUUAUUUGUCUGUUUUAUAAGUUACUAAAAUAAUCAUUUAUUGAAAUUGUAAAACUGUUAUAGAGCGUAGGGUAAAUUUUAACUGAUAAAUAAAAAUUAGUAUUUAAUUAUCACAAAGUAUGUAAAUGUGUAAUAAGUUAUCUAAAUAAGUGAUUGAUAAGUAGCGUAAUAGUAUCAGCAGUUUUACAAAACUUCAAAAUUAAUAAUUUUAUCAUAUAAUUAGAUUAUGUAUUAAAAAAAGCUUUUCGGUGCGCUUUUAUAAACAUGAAACAACACCCUCAAGUGACUGAAAAGAUGAUGAAAAAAACGUUGGAAGUUAUUAUUUACUUGAUAUUUUUUAUUCCAUGCAUCGAAAGUAUCCGUCAUUUAAAUGAAUAUAUCCGACAUUAUGAGCCAUUGUCGUACCCUACAGAAAAAAUUCAUCAAAGUCAUUUGAGAUCUAAACGAUCUGUUGUUCAUAAUAAUGUGGUCAAUAUCCACUUUAAUGCGCACAGCAGAGAUUUUCACAUACGUCUAAAGAGGGAUUUGAGUACGUUUAGUGAUAAUCUAGUCAUAGAAGGUCCAUCAGGAGAAAUUGAAGAUAUGGAUACAUCUCAUAUUUAUGAAGGACAUCUUGUGGGUGAAUCUAACAGUUACGUUUUUGGUAGCAUCAGUGAUGGCGUUUUUCAUGGAAAAAUUGUUUCACCUCAUUCAGGAGCCUGGUAUAUUGAACGAGCUCAUUACUAUUUUCCCCAUCAUGCUAUAAAUGAAUCCUUACACUCAGUUAUGUACCAUGAAAAUGAUGUCAUUGAUCCUUAUGCUAACAUACGGAAUGGAGAUUCAAGUGGCUGUGGUAUUACUGAAGAGGUAGCUGAGUGGAUGUCAAAAGUUCAGAAUUCAGCUGAAAUCUUUCCAUAUCAAUCAUCAUCGUCAGUACCGCAUAAAAACUUCACUAUAAAUAAUAACAUCAAUACUGGAUCAAGUCGAACGUGGGAAAGUCCGAGUCACAAAUACACUAAAGAAGCCAAUAUUUUAAACCAUCGUCGAACUACUCGAGCAACUCGACCAAAAGAAGAAAAUAGAAAUACUUGUUCUCUUUUUAUUCAAACAGAUCCAUUCAUCUGGAGACAUAUAUCGGAGCAUUUACAACGUGAUGCUGAAAAAACGCGAGAAGAGAUUCUUUCUCUUAUAGCUCAUCACGUGACAGCUGUGAACUACAUUUAUAGAGAUACUAGAUUUGAUGGUAAAAGCGAACAUCGUAACAUCAAGUUUGAAGUACAAAGAAUUAAGAUUGAUAACGACACUGCAUGUUCACAUCCGUUUGAUUCCAAACCUAAUGUAUUUUGUAUGGAAAAUAUUGAUGUAAGCAACUUUCUAAAUCAACAUUCAUUAGGAAAUCAUGAAGAUUUUUGUCUUGCAUAUGUUUUUACGUACAGAGAUUUUACUGGUGGCACACUUGGACUUGCGUGGGUAGCUUCUGCAUCUGGGGCAUCCGGAGGAAUUUGUGAAAAAUACAAAACAUACACUGAAACUAUCGAAGGAAUGUAUCAAUCUACCAAAAGAUCUUUGAAUACUGGAAUAAUAACUUUUGUUAAUUAUAAUAGUCGAGUUCCACCAAAGGUAUCUCAAUUAACAUUGGCUCAUGAAAUCGGUCAUAACUUUGGAUCACCACAUGACUUUCCUCCAGAAUGUAGACCUGGUGGACUACAUGGCAAUUAUAUAAUGUUUGCUUCAGCUACUAGUGGAGAUCGACCAAAUAAUAGUAAAUUCUCCAAAUGUAGCAUUGGAAACAUCAGUAAUGUUCUCGAUGCUAUGGAAGUAAAUCAAAAACGAAACUGCUUUACAGCUUCAGCAGGCGCAUUUUGUGGAAAUAAAAUAGUUGAAGCAGGCGAAGAAUGUGAUUGUGGCUACGAUUAUGUAGAAUGUACAGAUAAAUGUUGUUAUCCUCGACAAGUAUCAGAUUACGAUAAAAGUCAAAACGAAACUGCCAAGGGAUGUAGUCGCCGAGUAGGAACUCAAUGCAGCCCAAGUCAAGGUCCUUGCUGUUCAAGUGAAACUUGUCAGUUUGUUCCACUAGUUGCCAGGAUGGAAUGUAAAGUUGAAUCAGAAUGCAGUUACAAUUCGACAUGCAAUGGUUUGACGUCAGAGUGUCCCCCUUCUUUACCUAGGGCAAAUAAGACAUUGUGCAAUGAAGGAACACAGCUUUGCAUCAACGGAGAAUGCACUGGAUCGAUCUGUCUAAUAUGGAAUCUAACAGAAUGUUUCCUAACUAGUAACAUUAUUCCUAACAUUGAUAAACGUAAGUUAUGUGAAUUAGCUUGCCAAAAUGGUACUGAUACAGCAACGUGUCGAAGUACAAGUGAAUUUGCACAAGAAUUUGGUUUACCUGAAGGUGGUAUUAGCCUUCGCCCAGGCUCCCCCUGUGAUAAUUUUCAAGGCUAUUGUGAUGUAUUUCUUAAAUGUCGUGCUGUUGAUGCUGAAGGUCCACUGGCUCGAUUGAAAAAUCUUCUUUUUAAUAAAGAGACUCUCUUAACUGUAGCUCAAUGGGUAACGGAAUUUUGGUGGGCAGUACUACUAAUGAGUAUUGCUUUUAUUAUCUUCAUGGGACUUUUUAUUAAAUGUUGUGCAGUUCAUACACCAUCAAGCAACCCGAAGAAACCACCUGCUCAGCGGAUAAGCGACACUCUAAGAAGACCAAUGAAUACAUUUCGAAGGAUGCGAUAUCCUCACAACAAUGCCGCUUCAAGGCAUAUUCCAAGUUCAAACUCAACUCGAAAUAAUGCUCGUGUAUCUACUCAUAAUAAUAAUGGAGAUCGGGGAGCGCAAUAUUACCCUAAAGGCUCUUAGAUGAAAACUUAUAUAUAUAUAUAAGACCAAAGAAAGGCAAGAGAAGCACAUUAUCAUAUAUCCAUUCUGUGUUUCAAUGAAGAAUUUUACAGAAAAAAUGUACAUGGUUUUAAGUUUUUUGUAUCUAUUUAAUUGUUAUAAAUAUAUGGAAAAACUAAACAA